AUGGGUAGCCUCUACAAGUCGCCGGCCCUGCCGUACUGGCAGGUCAAUGUGCCGCCGGAGCACCGGACCGAAGAGUGCCCGGAGGGCCUCCGCAACCUCUCCGCCAAGGACGUGGGGAUCCUCAGCACGCCGGACGCCGAGUACGUCCCGCAGUCGUGGGAGACCGUGCGGCGCUUCGUCGCCACGAACCGGCUGGACCUUUUUCAGCGGGUGCCCUCGGAGCUGCGCCGGUACCGGCUCUUCAUCCACCAGCUGAUCCAAGAACACGGCAGCGUCAUGAACUUCGUGCUGAGGCGCCGUCUGGGGUGGGAGGAGCCGUUGGUGUCCAAGGGGAAGCCGUUUGAGCUCGACGAGGAUCUGAAAAUUUUGGUGAAUGAUUGGCCGUACGGCAUUGACGAACGGAUUGUGCACCUCGUUGUCUGGACCAAGUUCGAGCUGGACGAGGAUCUGGCGACGGGUGAUUUGACCGAGGUGGCGAGGGGUGAAAUUGAGGCCUACGUGAACAGGACCUUCCGGUCGAGGACGAAGCCUGAUUCGGUCAUCUGGUUCAAGAAUUGGAGAAGUCUCAAGUCCGUCCAUGCGGUCGAGCAUUUCCACGUUAUGCUCUUCGACCCGGAUGCCGAAUUCAUCAAGAACAUCACCAACGGAGAUGUUCCGCAGUGCGAAAAGUUUCGUGCAUGGUGA